AAUGCCACUUCCCAACUAACAGGCGGAAUCCAGCCCAGAUUUUCAGUCCUUUCUUCUUCUUUUUUUCCUUCCUCCCUUUCACUAAUUUAUCCCGAUGUUAGCACAUUCUGUCUUGUAACACCCGGGCGCCUGUAGGUUUGUUUCAUGGGAUCAUUACUUACUGAUCAGGAUGGCUCCCAGGUCCGGGGCUGAAGACGGAGUGUGAAGUUGGGGAAACAAUUUUUUUUUUUUUUUUUAAUAACUGUGAUGAUUAUUACCUCUCGGUGCUUAUUCAGGAAAAGCAAACAAACAAAAAUUUGGUCCUUGAUGCUUCAGUUCUGAAUGUCUGAAUGUGAAAUAUUACCUACCAGCUGGUAAAGUUGUGAGGCUCAGCAUUUUUAAUUUUUUUAAUUUUUUUUUUUGAGCAAGGAGGAAAAAAACCUAAACAAACAAAAAAAAGGACUUCUGAUCCGUGUGCCAAAGUAGGGGGAGAUAUGUUAUUGACCGAUUUAUACUGGCUGAGAUGAUACUUGCUUUCUACUUCUUGAUCACUUGCUCUUUAAGUAAAAUGAGGCACAGAGUUGUUGCUGAGACGAGUGGGAACAGCAUUUUGAUUUGCUGGUUUAAUUAAAAAAUGAUAAAGGAUUAAAGGACAAGGUGGACGUGGACUGCAGGUUUUGAAGCUAGACACACCUAGGGGAGGAAGACAAGAAGAGUUGAACUUAAGAGAGCCCAACGGAGAUAAACGAAUGUCCCCACAUCUCCAAAGAAAAGUUCAUCGGAUUUUUACUCUAGAGAUCUCAUCUUCAGGAUGUCAUUGAACACUUCCACUGCAGGAAAAGGUGUGGAUCCAAACGCGGUUGACACUUACGACAGUGGCGAUGACUGGGAAAUCGGUGUUGGGAAUUUAAUAAUCGAUUUGGACGCCGAUUUGGAGAAGGACAGACAGAAAUUUGAAAUGAAUAAUUCUACUAAUACCACCAGCAGCAGCAACACCAGCUCCAAGGAUUGCGGGGGUCUGGCUUCCAGUGGGGCUAAUGCUACCUCGGCCUUAGCUGAUGGCCUAAAAUUUGCUUCUGUUCAGCCCUCUGCUCCCCAGGGGAAUUCCUCUCACAAAGAGACUAGCAAAUCAAAAGUGAAAAGGAGUAAAACUUCUAAGGAUGCUAAUAAAUCUCUGCCUUCUGCUGCCUUGUAUGGGAUUCCUGAGAUCAGCAGUGCUGGCAAGAGGCAGGAAGUCCAAGGGCGCCCUGGAGAGGCAACUGGCAUGAAUUCAGCACUGGGUCAAAGCGUGAGCAGUAACCCAAACGGCAAUAAUAACAACACCAGCAACACCACCACCAUUGCCUCUUGUGGGAAAAACAAAGAGGAGAAACCAGGUAAAGCCCCGGGCAGCAGAGGCUCCAAGCGGGAUAAGGAUGCAGGAAAAUCCAGGAAGGACAAGCAGCAUGACCUGCAGCAGGGCCACCCCAACGGCAGCGGGGGUGGCAGCAGCCAAACUCCCCCUGGGCAUCUCUAUGGCUUUGGGGCCAAGGGAGGCAGUGGUGGAAGCAGCAGCCCCUUCCACUGCACCUCCUCUGCCAUGGGGGAGGUGAACAAAAGUACCCCGGAUUCAGGGUUAAUGGGGAACUCUACUUUGGUAAAGAAGGAAGAGGAGGAGGAGGAGAGCCACAGGCGAAUCAAGAAAUUGAAAACAGAAAAGGUUGAUCCCCUGUUUACAGUGCCUGCACCUCCACCUCCGAUUUCCAGCAGUAUCACACCUCAGAUUCUGCCUUCCUACUUUUCCCCAUCUUCAUCCAAUAUUGCAGCACCAGUCGAGCAGCUUUUGGUACGGACCCGUUCAGUGGGUGUAAAUACUUGUGAGGUUGGAGUAGUAACAGAACCUGAAUGCCUUGGACCCUGUGAACCUGGGACCAGCGUGAACUUGGAAGGAAUUGUGUGGCAUGAAACUGAAGAAGGUGUCCUGGUGGUAAAUGUUACAUGGAGGAACAAGACUUAUGUGGGAACACUGCUGGACUGCACAAAGCAUGACUGGGCCCCUCCUAGGUUUUGUGAAUCACCAACAAGUGACCUGGAAAUGCGUGGAGGACGGGGCAGGGGAAAGCGGGCAAGGUCCGCUGCAGCUGCCGCUGUGCCUGGGAAUGAUGCGAGUUUUGCAGAGUCUAGGGGACUUCAGAAUAAGAAUCGAGGUGGUGCCAAUGGGAAGGGGAGGCGGGGCAGCCUUAACUCAAGUGGGCGCAGGACACCCCCAAACUGUGCCAUGGAUGAAGUCAAAGCCAGCCCCUCAUCCACAAACAAGAGAAAAACUAAGCCUCCAAUGGAGCUAGAUUUGAACUCUAGUUCAGAGGACAAUAAAUCUGGAAAACGUGUUCGUACUAACUCUAGAAGCACUCCCACCACCCCACAGGGGAAACCUGAGACUACUUUUUUGGACCAAGGCUGCUCUUCUCCAGUGUUGAUUGACUGUCCUCACCCCAACUGCAACAAAAAGUACAAGCACAUUAACGGACUGCGAUACCAUCAGGCUCAUGCACAUUUAGACCCAGAAAACAAACUGGAGUUUGAACCUGACAGUGAAGACAAAAUUUCAGACUGUGAGGAAGCACUGAGUAAUGUGGCACUUGAAUGCAGUGAGCCAAGCACAAAUUUGCCAGGCUUUGAUCCACUAAAAGCACCGACAUCUCCUUCCUCCAUGACUACCCCAGGGACCCCCAAGGGAAAAAGGGAACUGACCAGCAACGGCCCCGGUUCAGUUAUCAGUUCCAAAACUGGCAAGAAUUCUGGCAAAAAGAAGGGUCUGAACAGUGAAUUGAACAGCCUUCCAGUAAUUUCUAAUAUGGCAGCCACACUGGAUAAUUGCUCAGUAGCAGAUGGCAAUUUGCAAUCCGAAAUGCCAAAAUUGGAGGCUGAAGGUUUAAUCGACAAGAAGAGUUUGGGUGAUAAAGGCAAGAAAGCGAACAAUUGCAAAGUGGAUAAAAACCUUUCCAAACUGAAAACAGCCAGGCCCAUUGCCCCAGCGCCAGCACCUACUCCUCCCCAAUUAAUAGCUAUACCUACUACAGCCUUUACAACCACCACUACAGGGACAAUACCGGGACUGCCCUCUCUAACAACUACUAUUGUUCAGGCUACACCAAAGAGCCCUCCCUUAAAACCUAUUCAACCAAAGCCCACAAUUAUGGGAGAGCCAAGCACUGUAAACCCAGCUCUCACAUCACUCAAAGACAAAAAGAAAAAGGACAAGCGAAAGCUGAAGGACAAAGAAAGCAAAGAGACAGGAAGCCCCAAGAUGGAUUCUAAGCUGGGAAAGCUGGAGGAUUCAAAAGGAUCUGGGAAAGACUUAACUGGACAUUUUUUAAAGGACCAUCUCAACAAGAAUGAAGUGCUAGCUAAUGGACUGUCAGAGUCUCAAGAGAGCAGGAUGGCCAGUAUUAAGGCUGAAGCUGAUAAGGUUUACACCUUCACAGACAAUGCGCCCAGCCCUUCCAUAGGGAGUGCCUCCAGGAUGGAAUGCAGCACUUUGGUGAAUGGACAAUCUGCCAUGGUGCCACUGCACGUGUUGACACAAAACGGCGCAGAUAGCGCGGCUGCUAAAACCAACAGCCCUGCUUACUCGGAUAUUUCUGAUGCAGCUGAUGAUGGUGGCUCUGACAGCAGGUCAGAGGGCAUGAGGUCAAAGGCCAGCUCUCCGUCGGAUAUUAUUUCUAAUAAGGAUGGUGUUGUAAAAGGACAUUCUUCAACUGCAGCACAAUCAGCUCAAGCAAAAGAGUCCCAUUCUCCCUAUUACCAUGGCUACGAUCCUUAUUAUUCCCCAAGUUACAUGCACUCUGGACAGGUCAGUGCCCCAGCAGCUGGGAACAGCAGUACCCCACAGGGACUGAAGAUCAAAAAAGAGGCUGAGGAAGAGGCUGAAAAGAAAGAGAAGGCAGAACCAUCAGAUGCCAAGAAAAAUGAAAACACUUCCUCUAAUUUGCAGCCACAGCAUCAGUCAGUAAUAACGCAAAGACACCCUGCACUUGCUCAGUCACUUUAUUAUGGACAGUAUGCCUAUGGGCUCUAUAUGGACCAAAAGUCCUUAAUGGCCUCUAACCCUGCUUACAGGCAGCAGUAUGAAAAGUACUAUGAGGACCAGAGACUAGCAGAACAGAAAAUGGCACAACCUGGGAGGGACUGUGAAAGGAAGAAUGACCCACCCCUGAAGGAGACUGGGAAGGAUGACAACAAGCAGAAGAAUAUUCCAUCCGCCACUAUUUCAAAGGCCCCUUCAACUCCAGAGUCCAGCAAAAAUAACACUAAAAUAGGGUCAUCAGCCCCUAACAAAGGUGAGGAGACAGGCAAAUCACAGAUCCUUUCCAAUCACCAGCAGCAGCUUCAGUCUGACAGUUUCAAAGCCAAACAAAUGGAAAACCACCAGCUCAUAAAGGAGGCUGUGGAGAUGAAAUCUGUUAUGGACUCCAUGAAGCAAACAGGAGUAGAUCCAACCACAAGAUUUAAACAGGAUCCAGAUUCACGAACAUGGCAUCAUUAUGUCUAUCAGCCCAAAUACCUUGAUCAGCAAAAAUCAGAAGAACUUGAUCGUGAGAAAAAGUUAAAAGAAGACAGCCCUAGAAAAACACCUAACAAGGAAAGUUCCCUGCCUAACCUUCCUGUCUCAUUAGCAAGCAUUAAAGAGGAGCCUAAAGAGGUCAAGCGUUCUGAUUCUCAAUCAGUGGAUGAGAGCAAGAUAAAAAAUGAUGAUCGAAAGACUCCUGUAAAUUGGAAGGACUCACGGGGUGCUAGGGUAGCAGUUUCCUCACCAAUGAGUCAGCAUCAGUCAUAUAUCCAGUACUUGCAUGCUUAUCCUUAUCCACAGAUGUACGAUCCCAACCAUCCAGCCUAUCGUGCAGUCUCUCCUGUCCUAAUGCACAGCUAUCCUGGGGCCUAUCUCUCUCCAGGAUUUCAUUAUCCAGUUUAUGGGAAGAUGUCAGGGAGAGAAGAGGCAGAGAAAGUCAAUACCAGCCCGAGCAUCAAUGCGAAAUCAACCACUGAGUCCAAAGCACUGGAUUUGCUCCAGCAGCAUGCCAACCAGUAUCGCAGCAAGUCCCCUGUUCCUGUGGAAAAAUCAGCAGCUGAGCGUGAACGGGAAGCAGAAAGGGAACGAGACCGUCAUUCUCCUUUUAGCCAGCGGCAUCUCCAUACACACCAUCACACACAUGUUGGAAUGGGUUACCCCCUUAUACCUGGACAAUAUGACCCAUUUCAAGGAUUGACCUCUGCUGCCCUUGUUGCCACUCAGCAGGUGGCUGCACAGGCAUCUGCAUCUGGUAUGUUUCCUGCACAAAGAAGGUAAAUAGCCAGUAAAUCUUAAAUUAUAUAUCUUAACAUAGAGAGGAGAAAGCAAAUCAUAGAUUUUAUAGCCUGAUCGUCUGCAGUUCCCUGUAGGAUACAGUUUUUAAGGAUGAAGAAAAACUUGGGACUUCGGGUUAAUUGUAGUUUUAUUUUCUUUAAGGUGACAUUUUGUCCUUACGUCCUUUAACCGUAACAUACAUCAUUAAGAAGGAACAAGUAGUCUGUCUUCUGAGAUUUUCCAUAGACUUAUGUUUUAAGGAUUGGUAUUAAGAUAAAACAAGUGAUUAUGAAAUAUAAUUUGAGCUCCAGAUUUUCUAUAAAAGGGGUUUAAAGUUUAUGUUCAGUUAGAUCCAUGUGCUACCAGGAAAACUUAAGAUUUUACCUAUUCUGCAAGUCUGCCUGGUUUGCUGAUUUGGUCUUCGGAGAGGAUUGCUUGGGAGUCCAUUAGAGGUGACAUCACAUUUAAGUUACUUACCCAUUCCACACAUUUGCCUCUUGCUUGUGUAUUAGGUUUUCAGUAGAAUUUACUCUUCAAGGAUCAUCCUUACUCAUCAAGAGGAAAGAGACUCUUCUGUAUUACAAUGAUCCCAUCUCAAGGGAAAAAAACAAAGUAUCCUUAACAUUAGGUUUUCUUUCAUCGCUGCCAUGUUAAGCCUCAGAGUUUAAUGUAUUAAAUAGUACUGUAACAUUCCAUGGUUAUGGGUGUCUUUCUGAAAGCUGACUCUGAAAAUGAGCGACCAUGUAAGGCUCUUAGCUGGAAUUAUUUGAGUGAGAAUAUUUGAGGGACAAGGAGAUGGCUUGGGAUUGAGAGUAAUGCACAGAUUUCAUUUCAUGGUGUAUCCGAGGUGCAGAAAAAACCCCCGGAGGAACAGAUACUGCAUACUAAAACAUUCUUCUUUCUCUUUCCAGAGAAUGAUGAGUUUGGAGAUGUACCUUGUCAUGUGACUGGAUCACAUGAGGAAGCGCUUUAUUACAGACAUCAGUUCCAUGGUGUUAAUUUGAAAUGCCUUAAUGGCAGGCAAAAACCAGUCAUUUCAUUUUUGUAAAUUGCAGAUUUUAUCACAGAGUAACAAAUGUUGCUGUAAUUAGACUUCUGUUUUUAUAUAUAUAUAUGCGUAUAUAUAUAUAUACAUAUAUAUAUAAAAAUAUAUAUAUAUUCUUUACUUUUUUUGUAUCAGUACCAAGGCUCGCACACAGGGUCUGCUGCUACGUUGCGAACCACACAGUAAAAGGAGAUAUGUAUUUGUCAUGUUUAGAAAGCGUUAACCGCAAAAGGCUGUUUGUUUCUUUUCUCUUCUUCCUUUUUUUCCUUCUUUUUUCUUCUCUUUUUCUUUCCAAUUGUAAAUAAAUAAUGUUAUGUAUCAGUGUGCCUGAACCUUGCAUACCCUUCUGAUAUUUCCCAUAAGCUCUCAGAGAGGCUAACUGUGAUGACACUUUGGUACAAUGUAGACGUCUAUUUGGUGGCUCCUAUUAAGAUGCAUCAGUGUAAAAUGUUACUGUAUUCACUGUUUCAUUGUAAUUGUGUAUUGUGAAAAAUAUACCUUUGGAAGGCAUGGGGAUUCUAGUACCACAAAAACUGUGUUGUAUAUAAUGUAUAGAUUUUAAAUGGAGAUAAUGAGCAUCUGUGAAUAAUGAAAUGUCUUUUUUGAUAAUCUUGAAUGGCAGAUAACCUAAUAGCCUGCAUACCAGAAGACAUCUGUGAUUGUUCUAUUACUUGAAUAGUCCUGCAGUCUUUUUUUUAAUGUUUACAAUUACCCAGUUUUAGAAGAGAGACUUUAAUGCCAUUGGCUGGUGAUUUGUUUUAUGCUGUAAUCUAGUUUAUUUUAUGUAAGAUGUAUAUUGAAUGCUUUCAUUUUUAUACUUGCCUUAAAUAAUUUGGCAAUCAGAAUAAAGAAAAAACCUUAGGUUUGUACUUUCUUGGUGUCUAUGGGCCACUUUAAAAGAUGUGUCGUAGGUGUAGAUAGCAGAGGCUGCAGCUACGUACGACACAGCUACUGGUCUGUGUCCCCAGAGGUUCUCCCUGGGGCUGUUACUGGUGUGCACCUGCAGCCAUCCCGUGCCUCCCCGCUGGGCCAGUGGCAUGUCCUCUCCCUGCGGGCAAUGCAGAUGACAGUGGACCCCUUUAAAUGGACCACGGGAGGCUCGAAAAAGGCCCGUAGCAACACCUUGGAUGGUAUUAGUGGAACUUAAUUCUCUAAUACCAGUUUAGAGCAGCUCUGUGUGCUAUAAAUUAUAGGCAAAUUUUUUCUAUUCUAUCCAAAUGAAUAGAUGCCUAAAAACAGAGGACCUGUUGAUUAAAAAAAGUCCUGUGCUGUGCUUAACCUGCAUUACCACAAAAUAAAUAUUUUAUGUGGCUAUACCACCUGUUUUGUUACAGUGUGGUUAACACAGUACACAGUAAUAUGAAAUUGCUGAUCACGACAUGAAAAAAAAUCAAAUGUACUGGUCAGGUUUUUGAGGCUUUAACUUCUGUCCUUUCCUGCAUAUCCCAGUUAUAUUGAUUGUCAAAACCAUUUUUGAAAGUUUUACUGGUUUUUUUUGGUUUUGUGUCUGUUUUUUUGACAGGGUGAAUUACUACAAGUUAAAGCUUGUUCUUGAAGUCGGUUCCAUUUCUCCUACCUUGUGAAUACUUAAUACAGAAGGAUGAAUUAAAGAUUCCCAACAGACAAGCACACUUGGACUUUUUAUAUUACUAUGAUGAAUCUGCCAUUAAUAUUGCUAUAAUUGUUUUAUUUUUAUAGGCAUAAAAUCAGUUCCCUUAGUGACUAGUUAUAAGGUUUAUUGAUUUUUACUACACAUCAUUCAUCUGUGGCUUACUCUUAUUGUCUUGUUCUGAACACAUUCAGAAGUCUCACAGUGGUGACAUACUACAAAUUAGCCUCAUAAAAAUGGGAAGGAAGGGGUGUUUUCAUUUGAAAGGGGAUAUUGUGAAUGCAGGGCUCUUGA